AUGUCUGACUUUUCAGGCACCGAUUCAGGGAUAUCAUAUGAGAGCACUGAAGAUGAAAUAGAAAUCAACACGCCAACGUAUUCGGUAUCACUAAUGGAUCCAAUUGAGGCUGUUAUGAAACCAGAAAAUGUGUUAGAAAAAUUUGUAGAAGUCGGCGGAAGACGUUACUUGAACGACAAUACACUAAAAUAUUAUCUGCCCAGUGACCAGAAAGAAGUAAAAAGGACAUACGACCGAUAUUUUAUAGACAAAAUUAUGUGGGGAGGUAACUACUCUGCUCCCGUUUCCGAUAAUUUAUCAUUAGGAGCAAGUGUUCUUGAUAUUGGUUGCGGCGCAGGAGCAUGGAUAGUGGAUAUGGCCUUGGAUUACCCUGUUUCAGUAUUUGUUGGGAUAGAUAUCGCCCCUUUAUUCCCCGAAAAUCAUCCACCCAAUGUGGCAUUUCUUAUGUGUGUAAUAUCAUAG